AUGGGAGGAUGUUUCUCCAAACCUAAACCAGGUGAGCUCAUGUAAAAAACAGAUUAUUCAUCACAUGUCAUACAGCCAAACACAAUGACCUAUAUUAGGCUUAGAAACGCUCUGGGGCAACUGCUGGAAAGAAUGUUAAUUCCGCGCUCUUGCCGGGAGGAUUAGAGAACGCUCUAGGUUACAACUAAUCCUAAGGAAAAGUACACUUGACUUUCUUUAACAUUUUGUACAAUCGGCUGGAAUAAAGACCUUUGCCAUAAUGAGCUUGGACUCUUGUACCCUGUUCUGUGUUGAAGUAGCCACAAGACCUUAAAUUCCAUCUCUGUUUGGUACUAAGAACAGCAGGACGUAGUGUAAUGCUUGCAUCGUUCUAGCAGCUGAUACUGAAUUCAAAUAAUGAAUGAACUUAAUUGGAAAGGAUUUAGCUGGAUUAUUAUUUUUUAAUAAAAAAAUCAAAAUUGUCAUUAAAAUAGAUUUAUAAUGCUGUUAACCCUUAUUGUGAUAUCACAGUCUUUUUGUAUAACAUCACUGCUAGCAAAUAACAUUUUGUCAUUCUCGAAUUUUUUUUAAAUUAAAGGACCACUAUAGUGCCAGGAAAACAUACUCGUUUUCUUGGCACUAUAGUGCCCUGAGGGUGCCCCCCUUUUUUCCAGCGCCGGGCGGGGAGCUCUCCUCCGAUCCUCCUCCUCUCCUCCCUUUCGGCUGAAUGCGCACGCGCGGCAAGAGCCGCGCACGCAUUCAGCCGGUCUCAUAGGAAAGCAUUUACAAUACUUUCCUAUGGACGCUUGCGUGUUCUCACUGUGAUUUUCACAGGGAGAAUCACGCAAGCGCCUCUAGCGGCUGUCAGUGAGACAGCCACUAGAGGAUUUGGAGGCUGGAUUAACCCUAUUAUAAACAUAGCAGUUUCUCUGAAACUGCUAUGUUUAUAAAAAAAAAGGGUUAACCCUAGCUGGACCUGGCACCCAGACCACUUCAUUAAGCUGAAGUGGUCUGGGUGCCUAGAGUGGUCCUUUAAAUAUAUAUAUUUUAAUAUGUAAUUUUGGACUAAGAUCUAUUACUGAAAGAAUAGUAGGCAUAGCAAUUUUAUCUUAAUGGUGAUAAAUAUGGGAUAUACUAUACCAUAAGAUAGAGCCUUUUAGCUAAAUACGUGGCAGGAAUUUCCUGUUGUUUAAUACUUCUAAAUGCACUGUCUAUAAAUCACGUAGGAAACAAUCUGUGUUGCAUUUUCCAAAUGGAGUUGUUUUUUUAAUUUCCAUUAAGCUAAUAAAUGCAGUUAACAGCUUACCAGUAUGAAUGAAAUGUGUAACAAGCUGAGCUGCAUGAACAAUAAAAAUAAUAAUAAUAAAAACAUGAAUAUAUAUAUAUACCACACAAAAUAAAAAUUGUGCACUCCAGGUCUAAAGGGCUGACUUGUUGCCUGGUGCUAAAUUCCUACAAAUCUAGAAAAAGAACACCCUAAAGCAUUGGUAGGAAACCUUUAAUCCCUUAAGGACCAAAUUUAUGGAAUAAAAUGGAAUUAUUACAUGUCACACAUGUCAUGUGUCCUUAAGGGGUUAAAGGGUCACUCCAGACCCCUAAACAACUUUAGAAAAACUUUAUGUGUGUAGAGUGUGUCCUCUUUUUUUCAUUUUGCAAAAAGUGCAGAUUUCAAUAUAAAUUGACACUUUUAUAAAUUAGUAUAUGGUAUAGGGCUAUUCCAAGACUUUAACAUCCCAAGAAAUGCCUUCAAAAGUGUACUUGGUGUGCCUUCUUGCUUCAAUGCUUGGUGAAUAUAAAUCUCAUAAAAAACAAGGUGCAAAAAAAAAAAAAAAAUGGAUGAAAUGACUGUAUGAAUAAAGAGUAAAAAAAAGCAUUUAUUACUUACAUCAAAGUAAAUAAUAGCAGAUAUAUGGAUAUAUAGCUGCUUGUGGAAUUGUGUGUGAGCAAAAAUCAAAUGUGAGAAAGGCUGAACUUGAUGGAUGCAUGUCUGUUUUCAGCGAUGUAACUAUGUAACCUCUACUAAAAAGGUAGGGCCUUUCAGUUUAUAUUGCUAAGUUGCAUGUCCUGUAAUGGUAGGUGAGAACACUUUUUAUCGUUGGUACCAUGACAUUUUUAAACAGCAUUUCUUGAGUAAAUUACAAUAAGUCAGCAUUGUUUGCUCCACUUUUAGAACAUCAACUCUGAAUGUGUUCUUUAAAGGAACUAUUCACUGACAGUUUUAACAAUUCAAUAUAUAUAACCACAAAGAAACAUGCAUUUAUUUUUUUUUUCACGUGUUUUGUUUGGGGAUAUAUAUACCAAAAUGCUUAUAAAUGCUGCAAACCUGCUGUCUGCAGCCUUUUCAAGCCCUUCCCUCUUUUAGGCAGUGCUGGGGAAUACAGCUGUGAAAGGCUUUCCUAUACUUCUAAAUAAGCUGUAGUAGAGCUAAACUGAGAAGGCAACGGCAGGCACACGCUAGCACCGUGCACCUGCAGCCAUGUGGAGUUAGCAGAAGCAAAAGAAAACCUCUCUUGAAUGCUAAAGUGCUUUAUGUGUCAGGAAUGUUCCUUUAACAAUGUGUCCCAACAUAGAGUUUUGAAAUUUAAAAUUCAUUUUGAAUUCACUUUGAAUUCUCACCUUAGUGAAUAACCCUGAUUGUUAUUUAAACAUACAAAUCUAUUUUGUUACAGCAGAGGUAAAAGUUGAAGUUGUUUUGCCAGAGAAAGAAAGGGAAAAAGAAGAGCUCUCACCCAAUGGCAAAGCCAGUCCACUAGCCUACAAAACGAAUGGAACGACAAGGCACUAUCAUCACGAGGAAAGGCCAAUUGUCCUCAAUCCAUACACAAACCCCAAGGAUGUGGUGGAAGCCUCAGUAUGCCAUGUGAAGGACCUGGAGAACGGACAGUAAGUGUGUCAAUACGAUUAGUUAGUUAUUGUGUUGCAACAAAGAAAAUGUGUAUCAGGUAUUACUUACUGUUGGGUUAGGAUAUAAUUUCAGUUUCUGUCCAGUUCUGUUGAGAAAUAAAAAAAAAAUGUUGGGUUAAUGUAGAUUAAAUAAUAUCAGAAAUUAGUGACUGACAAUUUCGUUUAUUACUCUUGGCAGGGCCUAGGCUGUUACUGCAAAAGAUUCUGUCAAGCAGAUUAUUGGCAGAGACAAUCUUUCAAGUUAAUUAAGCUUAAUAGCAGCAGCAGCAGCAGCCUGCCCCCUGGCGGCCGUCUGAGUGGCCCAAAACAGAGAAGGGUCUUCAGGGGACGUGACCGCGAAAUCCCUGGAACCGCUUUCGGGGUGAAAAGGCUGCGUCGGGCCGGUGGGUCCCCAGCGGCACUUGGCCGCGAAAGCGUGGAACCGUUUUCGGGUUGGAAACGUUGCGUUUUGCCGGUGGGUCUCCGUGAGGCGGUGAACCGCUUGCCUGCCUCCCAAGCGGCCCUGCUGCCUGCCUGCCCGCUCCCCUGCCUCCCAGCAGCGGUGGGACCGAAAGCCAGCCCCCUGGCGGCCGUCUGAGUGGCCCAAAACAGAGAAGGGGCUUCAGGGGACGUGACCGCGAAAUCCCUGGAACCGCUUUCGGGGUGAAAAGGCUGCGUCGGGCCGGUGGGUCCCCAGCAGCACUUGGCCGCGAAAGCGUGGAACAGUUUUCGGGUUGGAAACGUUGCGUUUUGCCGGUGGGUCUCCGUGAGGCGGUGAACCGCUUGCCUGCCUCCCAGGCGGCCCUGCUGCCUGCCUGCCCGCUCCCCUGCCUCCCAGCAGCGGUGGGACCGAAAGCCAGCCCCCUGGCGGCCGUCUGAGUGGCCCAAAACAGAGAAGGGGCUUCAGGGGACGUGACCGCGAAAUCCCUGGAACCGCUUUCAGGGUGAAAAGGCUGCGUCGGGCCGGUCGGUUCCCAGCGGCACUUGGCCGCGAAAGCAUGGAACCGUUUUCGGCAUGAAAAAGCCGCGUUUUGCCGGUGGUUCUCCAGCGGCACUUAGCCGCAAAUCCAUGGAACUAUUUUCGGCCGCGGGAGCCUGGCGGUUACCGGUAAAAAUGUGACUUCCGUAAAAUUUCCGAACCGCUGGAGGGAUCCGGCUGAUUUUCGCACAGGGGGCUCCCCCAGGUGUGGGCUGUCAGGGGACGUGAGUUUUGCGGGGCACCCCGCGCCCCCGGCAGCGCCCCCCGGUGGCCGAAAACGAUAGAGGGCGCCAGGGGCCUCCGCUCGCUCCCAGCCUCCCCGGGCCGGACGGGCAGGUGAAGGGAGCCUGCCCCGGGCACCCCGCGCCCUCCGUGGCGCCCCCCGGUGGCCGAAAACGAAAGAGGGCGCCAGGGGCCUCCGCUCGCUCCCAGCCUCCCGGGGCCGGAUGGGCAGGUGAAGGGAGCCCGCCCCGGGCACCCCGGGGCCCCGGCGGCGCCCCCCGGUGGCCGAAAACGAUAGAGGGCACCAGGGGCCCCCGCUCGCUCCCAGCCUCCCGGGGCCGGACGGGCAGGGGAAGGGAGCCCGCCCCGGGCACCCCACGCCCACGGCAGGGGUCGGACACCCUUAGGCGGGCUCCAGUUUCACGCGGUCUCAAACUCUGUCGGCUCGGGCGCCCACUUCGGGGAGAUGGUGCCAGGCGUUUUACAAGUUCCCCCUCCCAGGCAGGGGACUCUGGCCGGUUCUCAGAUGCCCAGGCAGAGUUCCAGGCCGACGGGAGGUUCUCCCCCUUUGUCGAUGGGGGACUCUGGCCGCUUCUCCGAUGCCCAGGCAGAGUUCCAGACCAACGGGCGCUUUCCCCCCUUGCCUGUCUGCCAUCCGUAACUGUCCUCCUCGACCUCCCCGCGCCCCUGGGACUUCCCUGGGCAGGGGAAGGGGCGCCUGCCCCGGUGACCGCGCACCCCUAGUGGCGCCCCCCGGUGGACAGCGAAGGUAAAGCAUCGCUCGAGCUAGGGAAAUUUUCUAAGUCCCGCGAGCUCCAGGCCCGUCGCGUAUGAGGUCGGAUCUGCCCCUCCGCGUCCAAGCACCACUUCCGCGAGGUCGGACGCUUUUCCGGGCAGGUCCCCCUAAACGGCGCGCGUGCAGAAAGUGCACGACAAUUGCCGGGGGCACCCUCGAGGAGAUUUCCGAGGAGCGGAAAUUUCGAAUGUCAGUCAGGGGACUCUGGGUGGUUCUCCUAUGCCCAGGCAGAGUUCCAGGCCGACGUGAGGAUUUCCCCCUUGUCGGUCGGGGUGACUCUGGCCACUCCUCGGAUGCCCAGGCAGAGUUCCAGGCCGUCGGGAGGUUUUCCCCCUUUGUCGGUUGGGGGACUCUGGCCGCUUCUCCGAUGCCCAGGCAGAGUUCCAGGCCGUCGGGAGGUUUUCCCCCUUUGUCGGUUGGGGGACUCUGGCCGCUUCUCCGAUGCCCAGGCAGAGUUCCAGGCCGACGGGAGGUUCUCCCCCUUUGUCAGUUGGGGGACUCUGGCCGCUUCUCCGAUGCGCAGGCAGAGUUCCAGACCGACGGGCGCUUUCCUCCCUUGCCUGUCUGCCAUCCGUAACUGUCCUCCUCGACCUCCCCGCGCCCCUGGGACUUCCCUGGGCAGGGGAAGGGGCGCCUGCCCCGGUGACCGCGCACCCCUAGUGGCGCCACCCGGUGGACAGCGAAGGUAAAGCGUCGCUCGAGCGAGGGAAAUUUUCUAUGUCCCGCGAGCUCCAGGCCCGUCGCGUAUGAGGUCGGAUCUGCCCCUCCGCGUCCAAGCACCACUUCCGCGAGGUCGGACGCUUUUCUGCUUGGGCCUAAAGAAGCAUGGCCCUCGGGCCUUCCUCCCCAGCCUGGGGAUGGAAGGUCAAGCUGGACAGGCUACAGGCAAGUCUGGCCUUUGGGGAUGGCAAGGUGGAUUCCAGGAGCCUGUCCUGGACUGAACACCAGGCCCUCUCCCGGCAAGUAAGGCAACAUGUUGCACAAUUGGAAGAGCUGGCGGGGGGGAUGGCAAGCAAGCUCGCUGCCUGGAAGAAGGGAGUGGGGGUCCCCCAGGGAGCUACGGCCCACACCAGGGCCGAUAUCCAGCUGCUCUCUGGGUUGCUGGCAGAGUGUAAGGAACUUGCCAGCGAAGGCCUCCACUUCCUGGAGCGCCCCCCCCCGUCACUGGAAGCGGGAGAGGGUCCCGGGGAGGAGGUAGUCCCUGAGACCCCCCCUGAGGUGGCUAGUACCAGCGAGGCCCCUCAGGCCUCCCUCACCUAUGCUGCGGCUGCAAAGGGUGAGGGGGUUGAGGCUAGGGCACUCAGAGGGCUGCCUUCUGACAGGCUCCGGGGUCUGCUUGUGUCCCUGAGGGCCCAGCACGCCGAAGCGGAUUCGGGCCUUGCUGGGGUCCAGGCAGAGCUCAAGGAGCAGAGGGAGAAGUCUAGUAGGACCUCUAAUCACAAGAGGGGUCCUAUGAGGGCUAUUAUAGCUCAAAAAAAGAUAGAGGAGCAGCGACUGUCUUACAUCUUGCUCCAGACCAAAUCUAAGAUGGCAGACAUCCAGGCCAUCCUGCAACAGCGAGCCAAGGAGGCAACGCAAUCCAGGAGGCAGAGGGCCCUUGGGGGUAGGAGGGACAUGUCCCCAGGUGAGGAGUCCGGCAAGGAUUCGGAUUCCAACUCCCAUCACUCACCUGGGGUGCCAUGUACCUCUGCCCUUGCUACACCAGGGGGCGCAGCUGAGACGGAGAGGAAGGCCAGAGAGAAGGACAGUGAAGGAGAGUGGGAAGAAGAGAAGGGAGAAGAGUGGAAGCUGAGAGUGCAGGACAGGGGUCAAGGGCUGAUUAAGGAGUCUCUCCUCAAGUUUGGAAACGAACUUGGGGAGGGCUCCGUGAAGGAAAGAAAGAAAAAGAAAAAGAACACCGCCCUGCGUCAGCCUGAGACCCCUGUCAGGGGGUCUGGAGAUUCCACGGAGGAGGGUGAGUGCUCCCAUGUGGAAUAUACGUAUAAUGAGGAGGCCUUCCCGGCCUUGCAGACACCUGGGGCCAGGGAUACUAACCCCACAGGUGGCAACACCUGUGUGCCCCAGGAGUCUGCCCGCCCUGCCUCUGUGGAAGUACCUGGACCCCCCACCGCCCUCCAUGGUGACAGGGAGACCAUCCCCGCCGGUACUAUGGCGAGUACCGGUGAUCCCAUGGAGGGGCCCUUCCCUCCCUCCCUUCCCAUUCCCUCCCUUCCCUGCCUUCCCUCUGACCUUCCUCUUCGUGUGGUUGCGCCCUCUGGGGUAGCUGGAUCCUCUGCCUCCUGUCCUCAGGCGGCUGCUGGGCAGGAUGGCACUGGAUGGAUCGGUCUGGAGCAAGGUGUGGCAGGCUGCUGCUCCAUGAAAGGUGCUGCCUCAGUUCCCGGCGCUGUGCAGCCUGUUGGGGGGAAAGACGGUGCCGCUGGACCCUCCAUGAAAGCUGCCCCUGCUGUGGGGUGGCCCGGUGGGGGGAAUAGCGGCGCCGUUGGACCUUCCAUGAAGGUUGCUGCAGCAGCUGGGGCUGUGCAGCACCAGAGCAUGCACUCUGAUGGCCCUCCUUCUCCCUCUGCUCCCCCAGUGGGUUAUCAACUGGUUUCCCCUGUUUGUCAGUCUCCUCCCCUGUUUGUUUCCCAGCCUGCUUCCCCACGUGUGUCACAAGUAUGUCUCCCUGUCUGCUCCCCCAUGUGUGCCCCUUCAUGUAAAUAAUGUUGGUGUUGUGGGUACCUCUGGUGCCGGUGGUGCCGCGGGUGCCGCGGGUGCCGGUUCCGCGUGUGCCCUGGGUGCCGCGGGUGCCGGUUCCGCGGGUGCCGGUGGUGCCCUGGGUGCCGCGGGUACCGGUUCCGCUGGUGCCCUGGGUGCCGCGGGUGCCGGUUCCGCGGGUGCCCUGGGUGCCGCGGGUGCCGGUUCCGCGGGUGCCGGUGGUGCCCUGGGUGCCGCGGGUGCCGGUUCCGCGGGUGCCGGUGGUGCCCUGGGUGCCGCGGGUGCCGGUUCCGCGGGUGCCCUGGGUGCCGCGGGUGCCGGUUCCGCGGGUGCCGGUGGUGCCCUGGGUGCCGCGGGUGCCGGUUCCGUGGGUGCCCGGGGUGCCGCGGGUGCCGCGGGUGCCGCGAGUGGGAGUAACUCCCAUCAUGCCCAGCCAGCCAUCCUACCUGAGAGGACCACCGGUGGAGGUAAGAAAUGUGUUAAUACCUUGCAGUUUGGCUCCACUGGUGGUUUGGGGAUGGCUGGGGAUGAUGGGAGUGGCCGCGGCAGCACUGCUGUUGCUGCUAUAGUGGGACCCACUGACCUUAUUGAACAGGUCCACAGCCAGGCUUGUAAUACAAAUGUGACUCCUCCUCCUGAUAUUGUUGCUGGUGCCUCCCACAGUAAUGUUGCCCCCCCUGGUCCUGUUGCCCCCUCCGGUUCUGUUGCCCCCCCAGGUUCUGUUGCCCCCCAGGUUCUAUUGCCCCCCUUGGUUCUAUUGCCCCCCUGGUUCUAUUGCCCCCCCUGGUUCUGUUACCCCCUCAGGUUCUGUUGCCCCCCCUGGUUCUGUUGUCCCCCCUGGUUCUGUUGCCCCCUCAGGUUAUGUUGCCCCUUCCCUUGGUACGGUUGCCCCCUCCCCUGGUUACGUGGGUGCACAGGUGGCGGGCACAAGCACGGGCACUGACACCCUAGUAAAGGGUGCCAAAAAGGUUGUAAAUAGUAUAGAUACACAGUUAGGUACACAGGUGCCCCUUAGGCACUCCCAGAUUGCCACCCCGGGUCCUGGUGUGACCGGGGCCUCUACUGGUCCUGCGGGGGGAGUCCGCCCCACCCCUUCCCAGACGGCGGGUCCCAGCGUGCCCAAUGCUUGGGCAUCUGGGCCACCUCGCCUCCCGGCGGGCGGGCCUGCUGCGCGUCCUCAGGUUUCCUUUGGGAACAGGAGGAACGUAGUGCGGCUCGUCUUUGGGGGUGAGACCCAGGUGCCUGACAGAAGGUGGCUGGUGGCCCGUCUGAAGGAUAUGGGGUUUGCGCCCGUGGACCUGUACGCACUCAUCCAUGCCUCGGGCACCCGGGAGUUCGACGUCUCCUUUAUGACGUCGCAGCUCCUGGAUCGCUUCUGGGCUGGAUGGGAGGCGGCCAGGUCUGCACAGGGUUCAAAGUGGGCCGGAUUCACCGCUGUGGCUAUUUCUCGCCAGGGUCUUAAGAAAGUUACGUUCCUGGUGAGAAAUGAGUCCAUCCCCAUAGCGGAUAUCCUCGUAUGGACCAAGAGAUUUGGGGAUGUUAAAUCCCCCCCUGUUAAGAUUCUAGAUGAGGAUGGGAUAUGGACAGGCGGAUGGACUGUUUCUGUGUUGCUGCGAGAGAUUCGAGGUGUCACGCAGCACAUGCCUAACAGUUUUUUCAUCGGGGCUGACCGGGUAUCUUGUUUUUACCCUGGUCAGCCCAGGGUGUGCCAUAAGUGCGGAUCGUACAGGCAUUUCAGUAAUGCCUGUACGGUCCUCAAAUGCACUAUGUGCGGCGCUGUGGGGCACCUCCGGGACAGCUGCGGGGAGAUCCGGUGUCAUCUGUGUUCAGAGAUGGGUCACACGUACCGCACCUGCCCCGAAGCCCAGCACAAUGUAGAGUCCAUUUGGAGUCAGGAGCCGGUGGAGAUGGAGGAGAUGGACUCUGCUGGGUUAGGGGUUCAGGUAGCGAAGCCAUCUGCGGUGCCCAUCUCUGGCACGGGGAUCUCCCUGCCCCAGCAACAACCCAUCCUCCCCUCGGUCUCAGUGCCAUCUCGGGGCCCUGGGGUGGCAACUAGUUCACGCCCCCCCACGAAAAGUGUAGAUAGAGUUGGCAAAUCCCCCACAGCCAUUAUGGCUCCCCCUAGGCUCCCUCCCCCUAGGCCCCCCCCCUCCCAAACCCUCCACGGUGAAGGUUACCCCCCCUGCAAAGUCCUCAGAUGCACGACCUUUAGAUGCACAGUCCCUAGAGUGGAGCACGGUGAGGAAGGGAAAGCAUCCCCCUCCCUCCAAGACCUCGGCGCUGCCCACGCCCCGGACGACCGCCGACCCCCCUGCGGCAAAACCCCCGAAAGGGGGGGACGCCACUUCUAAGGGGGGUAAGGCAAAGGGGUCUUCCUCCUCUUCGUGCUUGCAGGAGGCCCCAGUGCCCGUAUCUAAUAGGUACGAGGCACUGUCUACCAGCUGGGCCGACUGUGAGCUCGAGGAGGAGAUGGCGAACCUCCCCGGGGUGGGGGCAGAAGUUGAGGUCGGACAGGAGGUACCUCUGAGAGACGACGGGCCACUAUAUCCCGGCGUCUCAGUGAAGAGGUACUGCUCCGACACGGAGGAGGAGGGGGAUAACAGAAAGAAGGGAAAGUCUCCUUGUGCUUAAUACCCUUAUGGCGACAUUUCCCAUACUCUCUGUGGCUACGGUGAAUGUUAAUAGCAUUAAGUCCAGCAGGGCCCGCUUUCUGGUUUUUGACCACCUCAGCCGGGCUCCGUACAAUGCCAUCCUAGUACAGGAGACCCGGCUGGAAACCCUUGCGGCCCUGCACGCUGCAAAGCGGGACUGGAGAUGGGGGCCCUCCUACUUCUCUCUAGCCACAGAGAGAUAUGGGGGAAUCGCCAUCCUAUUUAAGGAAGUUGAUGUUCGCAUCAACAGGGUUAUUGAGUUGCAGAAAGGACGUUGUGUGGUUUUAGAUGUGUCACUGGGCAGGCAACCUCUCAGGAUGAUUAACAUCUAUGGCCCCCAAACCAAGUGGGAGAGGAAGCGCCUGUUUAGUGAGAUAGAGCCUUACCUCUAUACAUCCCAGCAAAUCCUGUUUGGCGGUGAUUUCAACACCAUUACUAGGCCUCAAGACAGGAGAGGCGCCACUCAGAGGCUGGGGUACGACUCCAUUUUUUUAAACAAGAUGGUUAGUCAGGCUGGAUUGGUCGAUGUGUACCUUCAUCACACUCCCAAUCCCACGGGUGGGUACACGUAUCACCGAGGUAGCUGUCAGAGUAGGAUAGAUAGGUUUUUCUUUAAGGAGAAUUUCCCGGUGACGGCACCCGUGCUUACGCCGGUGGAGUUCUCCGACCAUCACAUUUUGUCUUGCGAGUUGAACGUCCACAGUACCCCACCUAAAGGUAGAGGGAUCUGGCGGCUAAAUUCAGACCUCCUGGUGGAACAGAGGGUUCAGCAAGCCUUCAUGGAAUUCUUUCACGAUCAGAUGACAUUGGCCGAUUUAGGCCAAACGAAGUCUGAGUGGUGGGAGAUGGUGAAGGCCAGAACUCGAGGGCUGUUUCGCAAUCUCGCCCGAAACAUGCAGUCCUCUAGGUAUAAGAUGUAUCUGAGCUUGCUUGGGAGGUUGGAUGUCUUGAUCUCGCGGGGAGGUGACCCUGAGGACAUUGCGGCGGUCAAGUCCCUGAUGAGGAGUUAUCAGUAUGAUAGGUACGCCUCCCUUGUAAAGGAGAGGGAUCAUGGGUCUUACCACUCGCCCGAUCCUUAUCUGAGUUGCAAGCGGAAGGAAGGUACCAAAACUAUCGCUGGUCUGCGGGGCACCGACGGGAUCCUUGAGGAGUCUCCUCACGGGAUUCUGAAGGUGGUCCGCGACUUCUAUAUUGAGCUCCUCGGUAAGGGCAGCCCCCAAUGUGCCGAGGGGGGAACAUCACGUAGGAGAGAGAUUGAUAACUUCUUAAGCGAGCUCACCCUCCCUGAGCAUAGCGACCUUUCUUUUGACGAGUUGGUCAGCGAGAUCACCAUAGAAGAGGUCACAGAGAGUAUCCAGCAGCAGAACAAGUGUAAGUCGCCAGGUCCUGAUGGUCUGACGGCUGAGUUUUACCAACAGUUCUGCGACCUCUUGGCCCCUCAUUUAACCGAGGUGUUUAAUGAGAGCUUAGCUCAAGGAUUAUUGCCACCCUCGAUGAGGACUUCUGCCCUGAUCUUGCUGACCAAGCCGAACGUGCUCGACACAGCGGAUGUGGGGAACUGGCGCCCCAUAUCCCUGUUAAAUGUCGACAGGAAGGUCCUGGCAAAAAUUUUGAUGAAACGGGUACAGGGCCUGGCGAGGCGUAUCCUAUCCACCUCCCAGUACUGUACAAUCGGGGGACGAACUGUCUUCGAUGCCGUUUUCGAGGUCAGGGAAGCUCUCGAGAAGUGCAGGGCCGGAGGAAGGGGGAUAUACCUUCUGGCACUUGAUCAGUCCAAAGCUUUUGAUCGGGUCGAUCACCGUUAUCUGUGGUCAGUCUUGCGGAAGUAUGGCUUGCCGGGUAAAUUUAUCAAUUGGGUCAUCACCUUGUACAGAGGGGCCGAGAGCUUCGCUCUUGUGAACGGGUGGAGGGGCAGAACGUUUAGGAUCCGAUCCGGGGUCCGGCAAGGCUGUCCCCUCAGCCCGCUCCUGUACGUGUUUGCAGUCGAUCCCUUCAUCCGAAGGGUCGAGGCGAGCACGUUGCAGGGAGUGGCCAGGGCUCCGGAGAGGCCUUUACGGGUAGUCGCCUACGCAGAUGACAUCUCCAUUGUGGUCUCCGAUACACAGGAGGCCACGGAGGUGGAUGAUUUAAUCUCAGCGUAUUCUGCCGCUUCAACCUCUCGUGUCAACAGGGACAAGAGCGGAGUUUUCUGGUGCGGGAAGGAAGGGGACCAGUUCCCUCUUCCAGACGGUUUCCCGCGGGCCCAGUCUGAAAUUAAAAUCUUGGGGGUGAUGUUCGGACCAGGGGAUCUGGCUCU